AUGCCACCAUCUAGGGUUCAUGUCCUCAGAAUGGGAGCUGCCUUUCAUGUUGGACGCUUGAGACUUGGCACGGCUGACAUUGCACUGAGCUUGGCCUCUGACAGAGUGCGUGAUCCGAAAGCCGAUAUCAUUUGCCAGCAUUUCCAGGUGUGGUUUCAAGUUUUUGCUAGGUGGGUUGGGGAUUUGCAGAUCCUUGAUAGAGCUUGGCAGCAAACUUGGACUAGGCUCGAUGUUCAGUACCCUUGGCAUAUUGUCAAAGGCCCUCUGGCAGCAACCAUUGCGCACAUGAAAACCCUUGGUUGGACCUCCCCAGCCGUGCACAUCUGGAGAUGCCCAAACCAAGUUGAAGAAUGGAGCCUGCAUGUGCCGCAACAUCGUGCUAGAAUCCUUGAUGCAGUGAGGCAGGCUGUGGACGACGAAACCAACCAUCGCAUCAGCGAGAAUGUCCAUGACCCUGCCCUCCAACGAGGGAUUGACUGGACUGUUGCCAGGAAGUUGCUUAAUGGUUGGCAUAAGAAUAACUUCCAUUUGCGGAGAAGGGCCCUUAAUACUGUCCUUCAGGGCUCGUUGCCACACUCAGGCAAUGGAGGGCAGAGCAUCUGUCCCCUGUGCAAGACAGAGAACACAUGGAGACAUGUUGUUUUCGAGUGCACCUGGUUUAAAGACAGAGGCUGCGACAUUCCUCCAUGUGUUAGGGCGGGCAUCAGCACUGAACAGGAUCGUGGUUUCUGGGAGCGUGGCCUUGUUGCCAAGCUGAGAGGCCCUGCUAGUAAUCGCAAUCCUGAAAUCACUGGGGAGUGGUUGCACAAGGACAGGCUCUCUGAUGUAGUGCUUGCGACAGACGCCAGUGGAGGACCCCACACUAAGGAUCCCAGGAUUCGGAAAGUUGCUGUUGCAAUUGUUGCCUAUAGAUGGAUCAACCAGUCCUUGCACGAGGUUGCCUCCAUUUGCUGUGAGCUGCCUGGCAUUCAGACAGUUUUCCGUGGAGAGCUUUUUGCAAUGGCCGUGGCUGCGCAAAGAACCUCAGGUCUGUGUGAUGUCACUCUUGGUUGCCAGUCAGUUGCUAAGCGCUUCAAAGCGGGGAAAAAGGGCGGCAAGCACGAAGACAUUUGGCAAACCAUCACUGAAGAGGAUGGGUUCAAACGAUUGCGGCCCUUUUGGAUCCGCUCUCACUUGCAGCCUGAGCAAUUUGACAAAAAGUUUGGUUUUGACAACAGAUGGCGUUUCAACAUCAAUCAGACAGCGGACGCUCUGUGUGGCAAGUUUGCGCAGGAACUGGUAGAUGCCAGUUUCGUUGCCAAGAUUCGCAAACAGGAUGCAGUUGCUGAGCAGGUGCUGAGCUUUCUUGCCAGUCGAGUUGAAACCAUCUUGACUGCGAGGACUCCGAAUCAGCAUCCCACCACGAUUAAAGGCAUUACAGAUCGGAAGGUGGCUCAGGCUGGCGGCGCACAGGCCGUGCCUGGUGCUGCCAAACCUUUGCCAGGGGUUCAGCGCACUUGCAAGAAAAAGCUUGGAGCGAACGUUGGUCACGGCCACACUCAAACUAGAGAUGAGUGGUUCACCAGCCUGGUGCAGGAGGGUGGAGUCUCUAAGCACCAGUGGGUGUGGCAGGGACCAAAUUUGACUUGCAAUAGGUGCGGCUGGAAGCUUUUGAGCGCAAAGCCUAGGAAGGUCUUGGUUGAGCGUGAAAACACACCAUGCGGUGCCGAUGGUCCAGCCAAGUUUGCUGGCGUGCAUGCGAGCCACGACAUGCAGCUCCAGGGACAGUUGUGGUUGUGUGUUCAGUGUGGCGGUGUUUACUCUGUGCACGGAGUCAUUUCGGCCAAACUGAAAAGCUCCUGCUCCACUCGUCGUGACCCGAGAAGCAAAGUGCAAGGUGCUAAGGCUGUUGAACCCAAGCAGUCGCUUACAAGCUUCUUUGGAGGAGCUAGCAAGGCUGAAGACCAGCCGCCUGACUUGGGGCAAGAAGCUCCUGCGCCUGACUAG